AUGGCUACUCUCGGUUAUGCAUACUGUGUCCUUCACGACAUGUACUUUGCGGAUCACAACGACCGCGACCGACACAUCCAAUCUUCUGAUGAUCACCCGCAAUGCCACAUUUGCGAUCGUCGAUUCAAGGAUCGCAAUGCUCUCCGUAACCACUGGAUCGUUGCCAAAUAUCAUUAUUAUUGCGUUGAUUGCAACAAACAUUUCAAUACUGCUGUAGGAUUGGAAUACCAUAUCGACGAAAUUCACGUCGGCGGCGAUGACUCUGACGACGAGGAUGAGUGCAGCGACGAAUCCGAACACUAUGACGGGUGGGAAGACGAUCGUGGCAUGGAUCGUUAUCCAGACGGCGUUCCUGCCGAGUCACAAGCCCAUAAAUUAGGGGUUAAUGACGAUAAUUCUUGGGAAAUCUGGGACGACCUGGAUUUCGAAGACCAGGAAGACCUCAUGGAUCCCUCGGAACCAUCUCUUGACGAUUAUGCUUCCAACUCUGACGAUGAGGUUGAUGAAGAUGACGAAGAACAUCUUUCCCACCAUUUCGAGUGCCCAAUGUGCGAAGAAAAAGACUGCGGCACGAUAUGUACCACGCUUUGCGGGCAUAUAUUUUGUGCACCAUGUAUUAUUGGGGCAUACAAGUACACAGAGGCGUGUCCUAUUUGCGACGAAAUUGGAGAAGUCAGCGAGCUCCGUAGGAUAUACAUUUCAGAACAAUAA